CAUAUAAUCAUAACAAGAAAACCAUGAAGAAUCCUAGACAAAAAGCAAAGAAACCAAGAAAGAGAAAAGUAGAUAUUAAAAGUACUCCUUGUUCAUAAGCAACUACAGGUCCUACUACAUCUCUCUUUUUUGCAGGGACCAGGGCAGGAAUUAAAAAGCAAACAAAAGCAGGGCCAUGAGUACAUCUCAACUUUUACUGUAUUUCUUGUUGACAACUAGUGCAGAGCAAGCAAGCAAGGCACUGGAGAUGAACAAAUUACAGAACCCUGUACUUGUUCUCACCAGCAGCAGCACGAGUAGGGGACCUCAAGCGGCAGCACACGAGAAGGGGAUCUCCGGGCGGCAGCACGAGCAGGGGAGGAGUAGCAAGUUGCGGAGAAGCAGCAGAAGGGGCUCCAGCUUGAGGUCCAGGAUCACAAAAGAGCUUGAGGAUGAGCUUGAGGGAGCUCGUGGUCCAGGCGCGGCGGGAGCUUGUGGUCCAGGCGCUCGAGACCCAGGCGCGCGCGGGUCCUGGCCUUCAGCGGCGCAGGCCCUGCGAGGAAGGAGGGGAUAUCGUCGACGCAGGUCCUGGGCGGCGGAGGAGCACGUCUUGUGCGGUGACGGAGCAAGCAGGGCGGCGCGGGUCCUUGGCGUCGGAGGAGCAAGCAGGGCGGCGCGGGUCCUGGGUCACGGAGGAGCACGUCCUGUGCGGCAACGGAGCAAGCAGGGCGGCGCGGGUCCUGGGUCGCGGAGGAGCACGUCUAGUGCGGCGGCGGAGCAAGCAAUUGGGCAGCGCAGGUCUUGGGCUGACGACUGGCCCUGGCGACGCGCGCCGGCGACGGGCGGAGGAAGAAGGAAGAAGACGCGACCUGUAUGGUGACCUGUUUGUAACAAAUUUGAAGUUAUAAGGGUGUUUUUGAAAAAUUAACAUUA